CGCCACAGCCGUCACCCCCUCCUCUCGGGCCGGUCAGCCGAAACGCGCACCAUGGGCUCCAUCCUGAGUCGCCGCAUCGCGGGCGUGGAGGACAUCGACAUUCAGGCCAACUCGGCCUACCGCUAUCCCCCGAAGUCGGCAGGAAACUACUUUGCUUCACACUUUUUCAUGGGAGGCGAGAAAUUUGACACCCCUCAUCCUGAAGGUUACCUCUUUGGAGAGAACAUGGAUCUGAACUUCCUGGGCAGUCGUCCAGUCCAGUUUCCCUAUGUCACUCCUGCCCCACAUGAGCCAGUAAAGACCCUGAGGAGCCUGGUGAACAUCCACAAAGAUUCCCUCCGGCUUGUGAGGUACAAAGAUGAUGCAGACAGCCCUACAGAGGAUGGUGAGAAGCCCCGUGUGCUCUACAGUUUGGAAUUCACCUUUGAUGCUGAUGCCCGUGUGGCUAUCACCAUUUAUUGUCAGGCAGUAGAGGAGUUCUUGAACGGCAUGGCAGUGUACAGCUGUAAGAACCCUUCUCUGCAGUCUGAGACCGUCCACUACAAGAGGGGCGUUAGCCAGCAGUUCUCCCUGCCUUCUUUCAAGAUUGACUUCUCCCAGUGGAAGGAUGAUGAGCUGAACUUUGACCUGGAUCGGGGUGUGUUUCCAGUAGUCAUACAGGCUGUAGUGGAUGAAGGAGAUGUUGUGGAAGUGACAGGCCAUGCUCAUGUGCUCUUGGCUGCCUUUGAGAAGCAUGUCGAUGGCAGUUUCUCUGUGAAGCCAUUAAAGCAGAAGCAAAUUGUGGAUCGUGUCAGCUACCUGUUGCAGGAGAUCUACGGCAUUGAGAAUAAGAACAACCAAGAGACCAAGCCUUCCGAUGACGAAAACAGUGACAACAGCAGUGAAUGUGUCGUGUGCCUAUCAGACCUGAGGGACACGUUGAUCCUGCCCUGCCGCCACCUGUGCCUCUGCACUUCCUGUGCUGACACGUUGCGGUACCAGGCCAACAACUGCCCCAUCUGCCGGCUGCCAUUCCGAGCGCUCCUGCAGAUCCGGGCUGUUCGGAAGAAGCCAGGGGCCCUGUCUCCCAUUUCUUUCAGCCCUGUUUUGGCCCAGAGUGUGGACCAUGAUGAGCACUCUUGUCCCUUUAAAAAAACAAAGUCGCACCCUGCCUCCCUGGCCAGCAAGAAACCUAAAAGGGAAACAAGUUCUGACAGUGUCCCGCCUGGCUAUGAGCCCAUCUCCUUGCUUGAGGCACUCAAUGGUCUACGGGCUGUCUCCCCGGCUAUCCCAUCAGCCCCCCUCUAUGAGGAAGUCACCUACUCAGGCAUCUCGGAUGGUCUGUCCCAGGCCAGCUGUCCUCUUGUUGGACUUGAUCGAAUCAUAGAAAGUGGCCUACAGAAGGGCAAGCCACAGAGCAAGUCUCCAGACAGCACCCUACGGUCUCCAUCAUCCCCUAUCCAUGAGGAGGAUGAGGAGAAGCUAUCGGAGGACUCGGACGCUCCUCUCCCACCAAGUGGUGUGGAGCUUGCAUUGAGGGAGAGCAGCUCCCCUGAGAGUUUCGGAACAGAGGAGGUGGAUGAGCCGUCACUCAAUCAAGGGAGCCGAGUGCCCUCUAUUGAUGAUGUCCUGCAGGAUGGCAGCCCCCAGCACCAUGGUUGCAGUCAGCAAGUCCCUCCUGCCGACAUUUAUCUACCAGCCCUGGGUCCUGAGUCCUGCUCUGUUGGUAUAGAGGAGUAAGCUGGUUGGUCCACCUCCAUGGAGACGCCACACAGCCUUGGCACCACCAGCUCCCCCUGGCCUCUGCUGAGUGGCUCUAGUUCUGAGCCUGGAGCUACUGAGCUGACCCCACUCUGAGAGCCUGACUCAGCUGGCAGCACAGAACCCUCAGUAUCCCCAAAAUUGCCAGGAGACUUCCCUGGAGCCCAGUGAGACCCUGGCCUCUCCUGUCUGCACGCCUGAUGUGGCCACUGGGCUUUGAGAGGCCAUAGUGAACCUUUAUCAAAUUGCACAGUGGACUACUCUUCCACACACCCUCCUUUUCUAUGGUCUAUAUAUUUGUAAAUGGUACAAGAUGAAGGACAGCAACUUUCUCCAUGGGCCAUAGGCUCUAGAGGGGCUCCCAACUGCCAAGGCUGAUGCUCUGAGCACUUAGCAAACCAGCAGAAGAGAAUCUACCCACGGAGUGAAGUGUCAUCCUCUCGGAUGUUCUGGAAGGUGGGCAACCCAGGUUACAGUUGAUGAAGGAAACUGUGCCUGUCUACCUGUCCUGUGUGUGUCCUCCAAGGCAGCCAGGAAGUCACUGCUGCUUCUACCUUUUGUAUGUCCUGUCCAUGGGUGACCAUCCCUGAAGCCUCCAGGCCCCCUCCUGCUCUGCUCUUCAACCUACUAGUGGCCUCUGGCAGCUGGGGGCAGCUGCGGGCAAGACUAGGAGGCCAGAUAUGUGAACAGCACAGUCAUUUGCAGUGGUUGAUAUCCAGUACCCCCUCACAGGUCCCGCUUCACUCGGUUCCUCACAUGCCUCCAAGAUGGAGAUGUUCAUGCUUGCAGGGCAGCACUGCCCACCCCACCACCAGGGAAGAGCCUGAGCAACUCCCAUAACAGACCCAUUGGCGGGUACAUGUCCUUUUGUGUUUCUCAUUGGUUAAUUGUCUAAGGCUCCUCUCACAGUCCACCUAUAAGCAGGGUCCCAGUGAUACUUGGUCUUUAAGGCAAAGUGUCCAUGGGUGGCCCCAGGGCAAAGGUGCCUAGGCAGUGAGGCUCCCCUGGUGAGCGGGUACAGAGGUGCCCUGCCACACUCACCUAGGUAACAACCUGUAGCAAUGCAUGGAGCCCCCUUUUAGGUUGCUUGAGCUCUGGUUCUGCCUCUGCCCCUUUGUCGCAGUUGCUGGCCUGGUCUCUGUGAGCCUGUGAGCAGAGCCUUGCCUGCACAUCCAUCUCCCCUCCUGCUGAACACACAUGCAGUCACUUCAGCAUGUGCAUGCCCGCCCACCCCUCACCUGCCAACACCCUGGCCUCUGGCCAUGGUACUGCUGCCAGUACUUUGAAAGAUGGGAUGCAGACUACAGACUCACGUGUCUCAGAUUCACAUGUGCUAUCAUUUGAUGUGCUCUGAUUGGCUAGUUUUUGGUUUGUUUUUACUGUAUAUUUAUAGUAAUAAAAUCAUGCAGCAAUA